AUGGUUGAGGAUCCGAAGAGAAAGGCUCUCAGUGUUCUUCCUGUCCUCUUGCUGUUCAGCUCAGCACAAGCAGGGACUAUAGACAGAUUCUCAGGGCAUCACUGCACUGACUUCCAGACAGCAAAUUUUCUGCGGGGCAUUAGACUUAAGGUCCAGUUUCUUCUAUUCACCUCCUUAAGUCCCAGCUGCGGCAAGCUGAUUUUCGCUGAUGGUGGCAUCAAGAACUCCAGCUUCAACAGCAGCCUGGAAACAAAGAUCAUAAUCCAUGGCUUCAGGGCUUUGGGUACCAAACCUUCCUGGAUUGAAGGGCUUGUCCAUGCCAUACUGCACACAAGCCAGGUGAAUGUAAUCGCAGUAGACUGGGUUUAUGGGUCUACAGCAGCCUAUCCCGCCGCAGUGGAAAAUGGCAUACAGCUGGCCCUCUCCAUAUCACAAUUCAUCAGCAAGCUCCUGGCCCUGGGAGUCUCAGGGACAUCCAUCCACAUCAUUGGGGUAAGCCUCGGUGCGCAUGUCGGGGGCCUGGUGGGGCACUUCCAUGGCGGUCAGCUGGGACGGAUAACAGGCCUGGAUCCCGCAGGCCCUAAGUACACCAGAGCCAGCCAUGAGGAACGCCUGGAUCCUGGAGAUGCCCUCUUCGUGGAAGCCAUUCAUACUGAUGCUGACAAUUUCGGCAUCCGGAUUCCUGUAGGCCACAUCGAUUAUUUCGUCAAUGGAGGCAAAGAUCAGCCAGGAUGCCCCCCGAUCUCUGCAGGGUAUAAGUAUCUGAUCUGUGAUCACAUGAGGGCAGUAGAACUCUAUGUCAGUGCCUUGAAACAUUCCUGCCCGAUCCUGGCGUUCCCCUGCUCAAGUCAUCAAGAUUUUUUAAACGGUCGUUGCCUGGACUGUGUUGACCCCUUCCUGUUCUCCUGUCCCAGAAUAGGUCUUCUGGAGCAGGCAGGUGUUAAGAUGAGAAAGCUGCCCAAGGAAGUGAAAGUCUAUUUAAUGACCAGUCCCUCAGCCCCAUUCUGUGUCCAUCACAGCCUGGUUGAGUUCCACUUGCAAAAGAAAAGAAACAGAGUCACCAGCAUUGAGAUCACUUUCCACAGCAACAGCACCAAGGACACAGCGAAGAUCACCAUACCUAAGCACCAGGAGAUGGGCAAACGACUGCUGGCCCACAGAGUUCCCCUCUGCCAGAUAAACAGCGUGUCACUGAAGUAUCUCUCCAAGAAUCAGUUUUGGGGGAAGGACGAGUCAUUCAUUGUCGGCAAGUUCUGUGCAGCCCCACUGCCUCUAGAUAGCAACAGGACAACGUCAUGCCUGCCCUGGAACCUCAGCCUCCCCAGCAACACAGACAUCUCCUAUGAGCUGCCCACUGCUUGUGCCUAG